GUCACUCACAUGUAGAGUUUUCGUUUCCGGUUCAAAGGUGUCCAACGUGGUGUCUGCUGUAAUUCAACGUGUGAAACUCUUAGCAGUGAACGUUUGGGGAAAGUGAAGAAAAUACUAAAGAAGGGGACAGUACAAGUAUGCGUUUUUUAAAACUGUUUGUAUGUGCAUUAUAUAUCGGUACUUGCCAAUAAUAUAAUGAUUUAUAGAUAGGCAAGCUGUGUUCUUUCAGUGUAACAUUACAGUGAGUUUAGCUAACUAAGCGGAAUUGUGAGUUAGCAAGCUAACUUUAGCUAGUAACCUUUUUCCAAGUAUGCUACUUAUGUAGUUGAUCUUGUUGCUGUUUACAUUUCGUUUCAAAUUAUAUGAUUAGCAUGAUGAGAGUUAACCACACGAGCCAAUCUAGCUGGCUAACAUUACUGCCGUCCCAUGCAAAACUAUUGAUCCUCUUUUAAUUUUAACAUGUAUCUGUUUUCUUAGAUACGGAACAAUGGGGGAGUUCAAAGUACACCGGGUUCGGUUUUUCGACUACAUGCCCACUGCGAUCAGAGCCAUGGCAUUCAAUGGCCACACAGAGAGACUUGCCCUGGCACGAAUGGAUGGGAGUGUGGAGAUCUUCAACUUCACUGACCACUAUUUCCAGGAAAAAGUUAGUAGCUUGCUUAAUUAAUUUGCUGUGCCAUAUUCAGAAUGUAAAGAAACAUUUUGUUUGGUCAUUACAUUCUAGCACAUUUAAAAGACUUUGAACCUCUCUCCUUUGGGCAUUGUUGAUCGACAAUGUUGGCAGAAAUCGCCUCAGUGUGGUUGUCAAACUUGUCAUUAACACUUGUUUUGGAAUAUGCAGGUUAUCCCAGGGAAGGACUCCCGAUCCAUUGAGUCUCUAUGUUGGGUUGGAGGACGCCUUUUCAGUGCUGGUCUAAAUGGAGAGAUCGCAGAAUAUGACCUGGAAAACCUGAGACCCAAAUACUCCCUGGAGGCAUAUGGGGGCCCCAUUUGGACCAUAAUCAGCAAUACUCAAGGGACACACUUAGCGGUCAGUUACCCCUCUAGAAUCCAUGUAUUUUCAGAAAUAUUCAAAGUGUGCCCGCUGUAGGUGUAUUUUUUUGCUAUUAAAACAAUGUCAAUGUGGGUUUUCACCUGUUAGAUUGGAUGCGAAGAUGGGACAGUGAAGUUGUUUGAAGUACUUGAAGAGAACAUACAGUUUGAGCGCAAUCUGGACAGACAGAAAGGUAAGAGGAACAGUCCUGAUUCAAUUGUCUAUAAAUGUGUUCCUUCCUGGCUUCCUUAGAUUGCAGCCUUUCUUAUGCUAUAAGGCAUCCUCACUCACUGUCAAUGGGAUUAGGGACAUUGCACAUGGGUGUUGAGAACUAAACAUCUUGUUGUAGUGCAGCCCUGUUAAACAUUCUAAUCCUGUCUUUCAGGUCGCAUCAUAUCCCUCUCCUGGCACCCCUCUGGCACGCAAAUCGCUGCUGGCAUGAUGGACAUGAUCCGUGUCUUUGAUGUUCCAACUGGUGAGCUAUGAUCUGCCUUGCUGUUUUGAAUAAUCAAUUUACAUUUGACCAGUAGUGUUGAAUUCGUACUUGUUCCAAUAGGCCAGUGAGGUUGUGGUGUUAAGGUGCUGCAGUCUUUGUGAGUACCAUGAUGUCCAUGUAGCUACUUGUAGUUAUAUCCUGACCCCUAGUGUUGGUUGUCUCAGGUCAUGCUGUACAGAGGCUCCUGGUGGACCGGGGCGUUGGAGGCUCUAAGAGUCGUGAGACAGUAGUCUGGAGUGUGGCCUUCCUGUCAGACCAUACUGUCGUCAGCGGUGACUCUGCUGGGAAGGUCCAAGUCUGGGACGGACACACCGGCACGCUUGUCAAAACACACCUGGUGACCAAGUGGGAUGUGCUGGCACUGUCUGUCUCUAAGGUGAGAGGAUAUUCUCUGCAAUGGACACCUGGCGUUAACAAAUAUCUUAUCUCUCCUUCCAGAUUGGUGCACUCUGCCUAUUUUUAUUCAAAAGGCAGAGAGCAGGUUGACAUGUCUGAAAGCAUAUAUUUGUUUGACACAACUACUGAUGUUUAUGUUUCACUAGAAUGGAGCUUCCUUCCUGACUUGGCUGUGUUUGAUUGACAGGACGAGACCAGUGUGGUGGCAGGGACGUCAGAAGGCACUGUGAUCCAGUUCCAGUUCAUUGCUUCUACUCUGCAGGAGCAGGACAAGGAAUGGGUCAGAACCAGGACCUUCAAGAACCACACCCAUGAUGUCAGAGCCCUGGCUGAGAUCGAAACUGCCAUCGUCUCUGGGGGUCAGUACUAAUGCUCAAAGAUGAAGAUGAAAUGCUACUGUAGUACAAUAAAUGUUGCUUUAUAUUGACUGCAUAAAGACUCAUUCUGGAUACAUUAUCUUCUCAGGCAUGGAUACCCACCUUGUAGUGAGACCCCUCUUGGAGAAGUUUGAUGAGAAGUCACAUGCUUCAGGACUUCGCAAGAUCCACUUUCCUCACGUGAGUGCAGAAAUGACUCUGGUGUCAGUUGUUGCAAAUAAUAUCCAUUGCAUUGUUUCUGAAUAGUGAAUUCAAUGGAAUAUUCCUAUUAACUAUGAACAUGUUUUAUUUUUAUAGAAUUGCCUUGAAAUGCUGGAUUUGAUCCUGUUUUAUUGUUGUUUUUUCCAGCGGAAUCUAGUAUCCUGUGCAAAGAAGGCAGGGCUACUGCUCUUCCAGUUCCCUGGUCAGCUGGAGCUGUGGAGAUUGGGAGAGAGUGAUGGACAGGGUGAGAACCGCACACACACUGUCUAGGAAGAGGGAGAUGAGAGAUACAGUCAACAUCGUUGACUCUUUACAAACAAAAGGCAGUGAUCAUCACACUUGUCUAGUAGGUAUAGUUGUUGUGUGCUGUAUUUGACGACACGUCGGUCUUCCUUUCAGGGAAGCCAGGAGACAGCUUGCCUCUGAAGAGGAAGCCUGAGAAACUCCUCCUUCUGAAGAGAAAGGUGGGUACAUGGCUCCUGCAUAUACCUGCAUAUCAACUUGAUCUGUAGAACCAUCCAAGAUCACCCCACCCUUUGGCCUUUCCUCUUAGCCUAUCUAAUGACAGUAUACAGAUUUAACAUUUUUUACAUUUACGUCAUUUAGCAGACGCUCUUAUCCAGAGCGACUUACAGUUAGUGCAUACAUUAUUCUUUUUAAUUUUCAUACCCCAUGGGAAUCGAACCCACAACCCUGGCGUUGCAAACGCCAUGCUCUACCAACUGAGCUACCUCCCUGCCGGCCAUUCCCUCCCCUACCCUGGAUGACGCUGGGCCAAUUGUGCGCCGCCCCAUUGGUCUCCCGGUUGCGGCCGGCUACAGCAGAGCCUGGAUUCGAACCAGGAUCUCUAGUGGAACAGCUAGCACUGCGAUGCAGUGCCUUAGACCACUGCGCCACAGAGAAUCUGAGUGGCACAGUCUUGAGUUUAUAUAAUGUUAAAGAAAUGCUGUUUAACUGUAGUUGUUUUGUUGUGACCUUUGCCCCCAGGGUGAGGAUCAUAUCAGCUGCAGUGCCCUGUCCUCCUGUGGAGGAUGGCUUGCUUAUUCCACCGUGUCCAGCGUACGUCUCUACAGGCUGCAGACAGACAAUAACAACAUCAGUAUUACCAAGGUAUUACCAAAUCCUGAAUGUGGACAAAAUCAGCUUCCUCACCUCUACUGUAUUAUGUGUGUCGCUCUGGCAGUAGUGGCAAUGACAACUGAAUGUAUUCAUACAUUGAGAUAUUUAUUCUACUAUUUGAUCUCUGGUUAUGAACUAAUUUCCCCGAUUACAGUCUAGUCAUUAGGGCCUAUGUCAACAUUACAGGUUUGAUUUCUCAUUGUUUGACUAAUUCAUAAAAUCCUCUUCUUGUUGAAUGUCAUUUGAGCUUGUGGAAUCUGAUAACGGAUUGUGUGCUUGCAGUUUCACAAGGGACUGUCAUAUUUGCAAUCAUUCAAAUGGACCAGACUUUAUUUCCAUGCCGUUAUUUGGUCUGGGCAUCCAGUAGAUGGUGACAUUUAUUAGAGAAAGUUUAGAUCUAGUGAAAGAUGCCAGCAUUGUGAGUUGAGCUCGCCACGAUCUCCACUCUUACAGUGCAUUCGGAAAGUAUUCAGACCCCUUGACAUUUUCAGCAUUCUGUUACAGCCUUAUUCUAAAAUUUAUGAAAUCACAAAAUGUUCUCAUCAAUCUACACACAAUACCCCAUAAUGACAAAGUGAAAACAGGUUUUUAGAAAUUUUAGCAAAUUCAUUAAAAAUAAACAUAAAUACUUUAUUUACAUAAGUAUUCAGACCCUUUGCUAUGAGACUUGAAAUUGAGCUCAGGUGAAUCCUAUUUCCAUUGAUCAUCCUUGAGAUGUUUCUACAACUUGAUUGGAGUCCACCUGUGGUAAUUUCAAUUGAUUGGACAUCAUUUGGAAAGGCACACCUGUCUAUAUAAGGUCCCACGGUUGACAGUGCAUGUCAGAGCAAAAACAAAGCCAUAAGGUAGAAGGAAUUGUCCAUAGAGCUCUGAGACAGGAUUGUGUCGAGGCACAGAUCUGGGGGAAGGGUACCAAACAUUUUCUGCAGCAUUGAAGGUCCCCAAGAACACAGUAGCCUCCAUCAUUCUUAAAUGGAAGAAGUUUGGAACCACCAAGACUCUUCUUAGAGCUGGCCACCUGGCCAAAUUGAGCAAUCGGGGGAGAAGGACCUUGGUCAGGGAGGUGACCAAGAACCCUAUGGUCACUCUGACAGAGCUCCAGAGUUCCUCUGUGGAGAUGGGAGAACCUUCCAGAAGGACAACCAUCUCUGCAGCACUCCACCAAUCAGGCCUUUAUGGUAGAGUGGCCAGACGGAAGCCACUCCUCGGUAAAAGGCACAUGACAGCCUGCUUGGAGUUUGCCAAACGGCACCUAAAGGACUCUCAGACCAUGAGAAACAAGAUUCUCUGAUCUGAUGAAACUAAGAUUGAACACUUUGACCUGAAUGCCAAGCGUCACGUCUGCAAGAAACCUGGCACCAUCCCUACGGUGAAGCAUGGUGGUGGCAGCAGCAUGCUGUGGGGAUGUUUUUCAGCGGCAGGGACUGGGAGACUAGUCAAGAUCGAGGGAAAGAUGAACGGAGCCAAGUACAGAGAGAUCCUUGAUGGAAACCUGCUCCAGAGCACUCAGGACCUCAGACUGGGGCGAAGGUUCACCUUCCAACAGGACAACGACCCUAAGCACACAGUCAAGACAACACAGGAGUGGCUUCGGGACAAGUCUGAAUGUCCUCGAGUGGCCCAGCCAGAGCCCGGACUUUAACCUGAUCGAACAUCUCUGGAGAGACCUGAAAAGAGCUGUGCAGUGACGUUCCCUAUCCAACCUGACAGAGCUUGAGAGGAUCUGCAGAGAAGAAUGGGAGAAACUCCCCAAAUACAGGUGUGCCAAGCUUGUAGCGUCAUACCCAAGAACACUCAAGGCUGUAAUCGCUGCCAAAGGUGCUUCAACAAAGUACUGAGUAAAGGGUCUGAAUAAUUAUGUAAAUGUAAUAUUUCCUGGUUUAUUUACACAUUUGCAAAAAUUUCUAGCACCCUGUUUUUGCUUUGCCAUUAUGGGGUAUUGUGUGUAGAUUGAUGAGGGGGAAAACACAAUUUAAUCAAUGUUAGAAUAAGACUGUAACGUAACAAAAUGUGGAAAAAGUCAAGGGAUCUGAAUACACUGUACAUCAGGAUAUACACUACAUGACCAAAAGUAUGUGGACACCUGCUCGUCGAACAUCUCAUUACAAAAUCAUGGCCAUUAAUAUGGAGUUGGUCCCCCAUUUGCUGCUAUAACAGCCUCCACUCUUCUGGGAAGGCUUUCCACUAGAUGUUGGAACAUUCCUUUGGGACUUGCUUCCGUUCAGCCACAAGAGCAUUAGUGAGGUCUGCACGGAUGUUGGGCGAUUACGCCUGGCUCGCAGUCGGCGUUCCAAUUCCUAAGGUGUUCGAUGGGGUUGAGGUCAGGGCUCUGUGCAGGCCAGUCAAGUUCUUCCACACCGAUCUCGACAAACCAUUUCUGUAUGGACCUCACUUUGUGCACGGGGGCAUUGUCAUGCUGCAACAGGAAUGGGCCUUCCCCAAACUAUUGCCACAAAGUUGGAAGCACAGAAUUGUCUAGAAUGUCAUUGUAUGCUGUAGCGUUAAGAUUUCCCUUCACUGGAACUAAGGGGCCUAGCCCGAACCAUGAAAAACAGCCCCAGACCAGCAUUCCUCCUCCACCAAACUUUACAGUUGGCACUAUGCGUUCGGACAGGUAGCGUUCUCCUGGCAUCUGCCAAACCCAUAUUUUUCCGGCAGACUGCCAGACGGUGAAGCGUGAUUCAUCACUCCAGAGAACGCGUUUCCACAGCUUUACACUACUCCAGCCGACGCUUGGCAUUGCGCAUGGUGAUCUUACACUUGUGUGCGGCUGCUCGUCCAUGGAAACCAAUUUCAUGAAGCUACCGACACACAGUUAUUGUGCUGACGUUGCUUCCAGAGGCAGUUUGGAACUCUGUAGUGAGUUUUGCAACCGAGGACAGAUGAACUUUCGCUCUUCAGCACUCGGCGGUCCCAUUCUGUGAGCUUGUGUGGCCUACCACUUCGCGGCUGAGCCGUUGUUGCUCCUAGACAUUUCCACUUCACAAUAACAGCACUUACAGUUGCCCGGGACAGCUUUAUCUUUGAACUACCUCACCUGUCACCCCCUCCCAGGUAUCCCAGCUCCCAAAGGUUCUGCGCUCUGCACACCAGCUCUGCUUCUCCUCAGACUCCUCCAAGAUGUUUGCUGCCUCCAGCCAAUCAUCAGUCCUUGUUAUUGCCCUUAACCAAUCUGAGUGCAAGUAUGUGCACACCCUCAAACCCAAGUCAGGUCAGUGGAUCCUCCGAUAUUUCACCUCAGUUUGGUUGUUCUUCACUGAAAUACCAUAGCUUUAUUUUGUAUAAUUCCGAUUCUAAACUCUUGAUUGUGGUAGCAUGGUCUCACUCCGUGAUGUUUCCUUCUCCAGGGUCCAGACAGCCCAUUCACCUAAUGACUACCAGUUUGAAUGGGAAGUGGCUGGCGGCCGCAAAUAGUGACUGUGAGAUCCACGUCUACAAUCUACAGAAACUAAAGGUGCGUGGGUUUUCCACUGAUCCAGCCAAGCUCUACAGCCGCUUGUUAGACUACAAGUAACACUGAUAAAUUGUGUAAUCUGCUACCAAUGAAGGCCUCUUAUGACCCUGUUGUUGUGUUCCAGCUCCAUUGUAUAGUGCCUAUAUAUGGUUCCUGUCCCAGUGCCAUGGGGAUCCACCCCACCACCAACAACCUGACAAUGGUGCACGCUGACCAACAGGUAAACACCAUACCACCUCUCAUACCACUGCACCUGCAGAUAUUAGUAUCUCUCGAUUAUACCGUUUACAGGAGUGACCUUGAUGAAAUUGUUGUGAUUUCCACUGUAGGUUUAGGAUUUAGUACUCUGUCACGUGUAGUUAUGCUGACUGUUCUGUGGUCUAUGACUGUAGUUAUUUGAGUACUCCAUAGUGGAGAAGCAGUACACAGACUGGAGCCGAAAGCUGCAGAAGCAGGGGCUCCACAACGUGUGGUUGGACCGGGACACACCCGUCACUCACGUGACCUUCAACCCUAAAAACCCAAAUCAAGUUCUCCUGUACGACAUGCACAUGUUCUGCAUAAUCGACCAAAGUCUGGUAAGAAACCUGCAUCUCCCAAAGGCAUCCUCCUUUUAGUUUUUAUUUAAAGUGUUUAUUCAUCAAUGUCCUUGUCAUAAUAGCCUUUAACAGUCCUCAGUGGAGCCUUUUAAUCUAUUUAAGGUAACCAACAGUUAUUGGUUUUAGUGGCCUAGUAUGGAUCAUAUUGAACGUAUCACUAGAAUACACCUGCUGUAAGUGGCCUGUGAGGUUAACGCUGUCCACCUCUCUCCCCUCAGCCCCUCCCUGACCAGAAGACCCAGUUCUACAAUCAGAUGACCCUCAGGAGCCUAUCAGAGCAGGAGAGGCCCAGUCACCUCCAUGCUUUCAAAAUAUGCAAAACCUUCCAGGUAAGUCUCUCCUGUGUUUGACCAGGUAGAACCCAAGCCCAAACUGGGACAACAUCAGGGUUCUGUGGGAUAUAUCCUAUAUACAGUGAUGAGAUGUUUAGAUUCUGUAAAUAUAACAGGUCAAAUCAGUAUGUUUUAUUAAUGUCUCUGUUCCUAUGAUGUGUCCUGUGUAGGACCUGCUGUGUGUGAGCCUGCUGGAUGACCAGUCUCUGGUGGUGGUGGAGCGCCCUCUCCUGGCCAUCACUUCUCAGCUGCCUGCUCCAGUCCGACAGAAGAAGUUUGCCACAUAAACAUGGAGGAGAAGUGUGUUUUUAUGUUUGUCUGUGGCUGCACUUUGAUUCUCUACCCUUCUCUCUGAAGUGGACACACAUUAAUUGGAUUAAAAAACAAAAGCCAUUUCGGGGAGCAGGGGAGGGAAUCGGAACACAGCCUGUGUCUUCACCCCCUGACCCAUGCUUUGUAAAGACUGUUUGAUACAUUAAUAAAUUAAAUAUUUACUGUAA